GGGGCGGGGCGGGCAGGUGAAGGCGUUGGAUGCAGGUGGCGGCUAUGCGGGCGGCCGCGCUGCUUCUGCUGCUGUGCCCGCCGGCCCUGGCGGGGCGCUUCUGGCACCUCACGGACAUGCACUGGGACCCCGGCUACGAGGCGGCGCUGGCGGCCGGGCGGCGCUGUCCGUCGGGCAGCUCUGAGGCCGUUCCGGACGCGGGGCCGUGGGGCAGCUACCUGUGCGACGCGCCGUGGGGUCUGCUGAGCUCCGCCGUGUCCGCCAUGCACCGCCUGCUGCCGCGGCCCGACUUCGUGCUCUGGACCGGGGAUGAUACUCCUCAUGUCCCCAAUGAGCAGCUUGGAGAAGAAAAGGUUCUGCACAUCAUUGAAAACCUGACCUCUCUGAUAAAACAGGUAUUUCCAGAUACUAAAGUCUAUGCAGCAAUGGGUAAUCACGACUUCCACCCCAAGAAUCAGUUUCCAGGGAAGGAGAACAGGAUCUACAGCCAAACAGCAGAACUGUGGCGUUCCUGGCUGAAUGAAGCUUCUAUUCCUCUGUUCAGAGCAGGAGCUUUCUACAGUGAGAAGCUGCCCAGCCCAGAUACCAGGGGGCGAAUGAUUGUUCUCAAUACCAAUCUGUACUAUGACCAGAACAACCAGACAGCUGGUGAGGAAGAUCCCGGAGGGCAGUUCCAGUGGCUGGAGGAAACACUGACCAAUGCCUCUAAAGCAGAAGAAAUGGUCUAUAUUGUGGGUCACAUCCCUCCUGGCUUCUUUGAGAAGAAACGAGGCAAGCCGUGGUUCCGGAGGGAUUUCAAUGAACGAUACUUGAAAAUUGUGCAGAAGCACCACAGAGUGAUUGCUGCCCAGUUUUUUGGACACCAUCACACAGACAGCUUUCGCAUGUUUUACAGCGACACAGGUUCCCCAAUCAAUGUCAUGUUUUUGGCCCCCGGAGUGACCCCCUGGAAAACAACAUUGCCUGGAGUGAACAAUGGAGCCAACAACCCUGGGAUCCGAGUGAUUGAAUACGAUGCAGACACCCUUCAGGUGCAGGAUGUGGUGACUUACUACCUGAACUUAACUCGUGCCAAUCUGAUGGCCCCAGCAUGGGAGGAGGAGUACCGGCUAACCAGCGCCUUUCAGGUGCCUGAUGGCUCCACACAUUCCAUGCAGACGGUGUUGGAAAGGAUAUCCAAGGAUGCAAAGUACCUGCAGCAGUAUUACGAGUUUAACUCUGUCAGAUACGACCUCGCCCUGUGUGGGGAGACCUGCCGAGCCGACCACGUUUGUGCCAUCAGGGAAGUUGAUUUUACCAGAUAUGAGGAGUGCCUUAAAGCCAACAGCUCUACUUCUGCCAUCGGCAGUGUUUGUCUUUUAUUACUCUCUUUGCUCUUCGGGAUCUGUGGUUCCCAGCAAACGCUGUAAUGACUGAGAGCAGGAAUGAGGAGAGGAUGGCUUCACAAUGCACAUGAAUUGGCAGUCGUGAAUGCUUUUGGAAUUGGGAACUUAUUUGAAAACCAAGAAAUAAUCAGUGCUUUGUAGCAAAAGCUCUAUGACGUUGAUUUGGGCGCUUCUAGAAAAGCUGGAUGCAUCAGGGGUGGUCGCAGAGCCUUUUUGUGCCGGACUGACUCACAUCAGGGCAUUCGUCUUCCUUCUGCUGCAACUUCUGAGGCUGCACAGAUGAGAUGAGGGCCUCCCUCAAAGUCGUAACUUACCUGUACUUAAUGUGAGAGCUGUGAGCUGCCACGUGUUCUGAGGAGUUGGCACACGCUUCUCUUCUGAGAAGACAACACAAGGGGUGACCUGCAGGGUCUCGUUUUGGUGGCCUUGCACAGCAGCAGCUUUGCCUCUGGUGUGUGAGCGGAGCCGGGUGGUGUCGGUGCUUCCUUUGGCAGUGUGGGAACUGAGUUUGGGCCAUGACUUCCACGCGUCAGCAUCCACAGUGAGGCUGCAGGGUAAGAAGCUUCAUUUUACCUUUUCAGAUGCUGAGCACAGACGGCUUUCUGCCCAAAUGCCUCUGCUAUUCUUUUAACUCACAGCUGCUUGUUUUCUUUAGCUGUGCAUUGCAAACUGCCUUUGACUCCUUCACUGUGAAGAAGCCCUCCGUGCCUUGCCAGCCUUCUGCUCUGCUCCUGCAGGAGCCACACGUGAACCAAAACAAAGUGACGCUGUUGGGCCCUCGGGGAGGUGUGGAUGGGACAAUGCAGCAAUCCUUGCGUUGUCCGUAAGCGGCUGUUUGGAGGCAGCUCCAGAGAAGCAGUGGUGGAACAAUGUGUUGUAUGAGAGAAGCACGGACAGGGGAGGCACAGCUGCGGCUUUGCAGGAGUUGGUGCUGUUUGUCUCCGGUACAGCUCAGGAGGAGCCCAGGAGGGGCGGGAAGGGGCGCUGGGACCACGUCUGGAAAUCAGCCGCUGCGUACGGGAAUGAUUAAAAAAAUGAUGGGGGAAAAAAAAAAGAA